ACUGAGCAGGUGUCGGACUGACGCAGUUGCCUCUUGCCUGGAGCAGAAGCAUCAACAAAAGCUACAAAACUCGGACGAAAAUCGAACUAAUUUUACUGUUUUUAGAUCCCUAGUUUAGUGAAGUGCUACACCGGAAUAGUGGAAUUAUGAAUGACCAUUCGAAACAUUCGGUCGAAGUGAAAACCGAGAAGCAAGAUGAUCGUUCCGCCGGAAGUGGAAAUGGUGGUGGAGGUGGCGGAUCACAAGAGGCAACCCGCCAGGACAGCAUCGAGAGGAUUUUGCAGCGGAAGCAAAGGGUUUACCAGCUGCCGAAAAAUCAGAAGCUGACCAAGCUGUCGAUGUAUUCGGCCUGUCAAGGAACGGAGUGCCGGUGCACGGGCUGGAAGACCCCGGAGGAGAAUCGACACAAGGAUGUCGAAGUGGAUUACUGUCCCAACUUCAAGGAGGAAUGCCGGAAUCCGAACUGCAAGCAUCCCCUCGAUAUGCACAUUGCCCAUUUGGGAGAGAUCAGCGAGGACCAGAUUAAUGAACUGUUGGGAGCGAUCGUCGAUGUGGAGAAUCUUUAUAUGAGUAUGCUGCGGGAGACCGACACCGACACGAAGAAAGUCUAUGCGUACCUUUUUCGGCUUUUAAGACAAUGCAUUCUGACGAGAUCUCAGCCCGUGAUCCGUGGCCCGCUGGGUGACCCUCCCUUCGAGCAACCAUCCAUUUCGAAAGCGGUGACAAACUUUGUCCUGUUCAAAUACAGUCAUCUGAAUCCGGGCGAGCUGGAAACGAUGACCGAGGUAGCGAAGACCUUUCUCCAUUGUUUGAAUCAUUGGAAUUUUGAAGCCCCGAGUGCGCGCAAAGAUCUGAGCCAUGAAGAUGCUUCCAACUACAAAAUCAAUUACACUCGCUGGUUGGUGUUCUGCCAUGUUCCGGCAUUCUGCAGCUCCCUGCGUCAUUUCGAAACUUCAAUUGUGUUUGGCCGGACACUUUUGAAGGCAGUUUAUCAGUACGUUUACCAGCAGCUGCUGACCAAGUGCAAAACCGAACGGGACAGAAUGCCCCCGGAGAAGCGUCUCAUGCUGGCUCAGCUGCCCAAGUUUCUUGAAGCGUUGAAGCAUGAGGUCAUCAACGAAGAAUCUCAAAUAUGGGACCAGAACUUCAAACCGACUGCAUCGUUGAUGCUACAGAAGAAACGGCAACACGAAGCGGCCACGUCCUCUAGUGCUAAGAAGUCCAACGACGCCAAGCGAUACAAGAAGGACUCCGACUGCGAAGAUCUUCCGGACGAUGUGGUCAUUAAAGCGCUGAAAAGACUCAACGAUUCCAAUUACACCAGCCGAACGGAGGUUGUGUUCCCUCCGAAUGCCCCGAGAGAUGAAGCGGCCAAGGCGGAGGAAAAUCGUCGGGAAAUCGAGUUCCAUGUGGUGGGCAAUUCGCUGACCAAGCCGGUCACCAAGGAGUCCAUGCUUUGGCUGUUGGGUUUGCACAGCGUGUUUGCUCAUCAGCUGCCGGGAAUGCCGAGGGAGUACAUCAGUCAGCUGGUGUUUGAUCCAAAACACAAAACCCUAGCGCUGGUCAAGGACGGCCGUCCAAUCGGUGGAAUCUGCUUCCGCACGUUCGCAACGCAAGGGUUCACCGAGAUUGUGUUCUGUGCAGUCACGAGCAGCGAGCAAGUCAAGGGCUACGGAACCCAUUUGAUGAACCACCUGAAGGACUACAGCACACAGCGAGGCAUCAAGCACUUCCUGACCUACGCCGACGAAUUUGCAAUCGGAUAUUUCAAGAAGCAGGGUUUCUCCAAAGACAUUAAAGUGGCGCGUCAUGUCUAUGCUGGUUACAUUAAAGAGUACGAAGGAGCAACGCUUAUGCAUUGUGAACUGCAUCCCAGCCUGAUUUACACUCAAUUCAGCUCGGUAAUUCGGAAGCAGAAAGAGAUUGUAAAAGAGCUGAUUGCUCAACGUCAGCAAGAGGUUCAGAAGGUUCAUCCUGGGUUAACGUGUUUCAAAGAAGGCCUCCGUAGCAUUCCCAUCGAGUCCAUUCCGGGUUUGCGCGAAGUCGGAUGGAGACCGCAGUUUCGCACCCAGCGCACCUCUCGUCCACUGGAGGAAUCAGCCGAUCCGGAUAAGCUGUCGAACGCCCUGACCGGUGUGCUCCAAUCCGUUCGGCAACAUUCGGCAGCUUGGCCGUUCUUGAAGCCGGUGAACCCCGCCGAAGUGCCGGACUACUACGACCACAUCAAGUACCCGAUGGACUUGAAAACUAUGGGCGAACGACUGAAGAAUAAGUAUUACAUUUCGCGACGGCUAUUUAUGGCAGACAUGGCGCGCAUUUUCACAAACUGUCGAUUGUAUAAUUCGCCUGAGACUGAAUACUUUCGUUGCGCCAACACUCUGGAGCGGUAUUUCCAGACCAAGAUGAAGGAAAUCGGACUAUGGGAUAAAUGAUGUCCGCCCAUCACAGCGGAACUGGCAAAAAAUUCCGAUCCGGAUGAAGAGGAUGACGACGACGACGAUGAUGAUGAUGACAAAGACCAUAAUGGUGGUGGCGGAGGACAGAGAAAUCAAACUGUAGCUGGUAAGAAACCCGGCUAUGGGAUGAAAACCAAACCGACGCUGGCCAUGAUGCAGGAAGCCAUAUCUGGUGUGGAACACGGAAAAGAUCUGAAAAUUGUGUCUGGUGGUUUGCCGGAUUUGGGAAAUUUGUAAAUAAGCUUUUGACAAAACGAACUAGUUGACUGUUAUUUGACUAGGCAAAAAUGUAGUGUCAUUGUGUUGGAACCUACAAAAUUGCACAAUGUGUACCACGUAAAGUGGUAUGGUUUACGCUAGGAAAUACUUUCAUGAUUAUGAUGACCAUUUCAAAAAUAAAUUACUAUUAUGAAUGACUCAAAUGAAACGCAAA